AUGAUUAUCGAUUAAUUGGUUUUACAUCGGUUUAUGAUUUUACCGUACGUAAUAUGGAUUUAUAUCGUUCAUGUUUACUAUUCAAUCAUCAUCGUAAUCAAACUGAUGAUAAUCAUUGGACAAAUCGAUUAUCAUUUUGGUCAUUUAUACGAUCAAUCAAUCAUCAUAAUUCAAAUCUAUGGCAAAUAAUUAAUAUACACUAUCUUUGUAAACAACUUCAACUGCAAAUCAAUUUCAAACGUUUUAAACGUAUACGUAUGCCAAUCAUUCCGUAUAUAUCGGGUGAACAUAAAAUUCUUCUAGUUCUUUCCGUUCUAAUCAUACAUGAUUAUAGCAUAAUUACGCAUUUAAUUUGCUUUAUUGUUGUCAUGAACUUUAAUGUUCGAAGCUUUAUCCAUCAUUUAAUGAUUGAUGGUGAUUCUACGCUAUUCAUAACAUUCGUAUGUAUAGAUUUAGUUAAUCAUUUCUAUGUAUGUCAUAUUCUUGUUAGAAAUUCAAUCAUCUAUCUAAAUAUGGCAACAAUAUCACAGGCAUAUCUAUUGAAAAGAUUACGAUUCCUUAAUCAUCUAAUGUUUCGUAUAUCAACAAAACAAUUGCCGAAUAAAUAUGGUUUGAAUGAAUUUCUUUUUCAACAAUUUCGUCGACAAUUAACAUAUAUUUGUUCUAUGAUUCACAAUAGUAAUCAUACAAUAUGGGCUAAUGUUAUAUUGUUUGCAUUGAUCAGUAAUCUGCCAAUCAAUAUAAUGGCCACAUAUCGUAUCCUAUAUCGGCCAAUGAAUAUGCAAUCAUUGAUGUUACACAUUCUGUUUGUCAAUGUACAAAUAUUGACCAUAAUAUUGACAUUAUUUCCAAUGGCUGAACAAAAUCGUUUGAUGCAUCGCAGUAAACGUUAUAUGCCACGUAUGCAAAUGUCACUUGAACGUUCGAAUCAAAUUGGCAUCAAAAUCAAAACAUUAGAAAUGUAUGAACGUUUGACCAGUUCGAAACAACAAUUUGGUUUCAGUAUAGGUCGUAUUCAUAUAAUAAAUCAUAAAUAUUUUUUCGAGAUCCUCAUGUCAUAUGUUGCAUUAAUGUUAAUGACGUUUGAGUUUUUUUCAAAAAAUUUAUAAAACAAAACGUCUGAUGAUCCAUCAUCAUCGUUUCAAACUGGAUACAUUGUGUUUUUAUUAUAAACGAAUGAUUCUGAUAAAAAUGAGGAAAAAUCAUUUGUAUCAUUUUCAUCAUAGACAUUUCUUAUUUGUUCAACAAUCAAAGAAACACAUACACACCCACCAUCACCAAUUUAAUCACUUUAAAGACUUGUCAUUCAUUCAAAAUCAUUCUGUUUACGAUGAUGAUGAUGAUGAUGAUCAUUAUGCAGUAGAAUUUACAAUCAUCAGAAAUAUUCACAAGAAUAAUAUAAUACAGAUAUAGAUGAUUCUUUGAUAUAUAAAAAUAGAAUUUUUAUUUUUAUUUUUCAUUCACCAUAUGUUCAUCACAACAACAAGAAUCAUGCUACGAUUUGGUAUGUAUGUGGAUGUGUGUAUUUUAUUGUUGUUAAUUGUGAAUGUGAUGCCAAUUCUUUAAACCGAUUUUUUUUAUUUUUUUC